GCGUGAUCACGCGCGAUGAUCCUAGUGACUUUCCACGCCUCCCCCCAGGCAUACCACGAACUCGGAGAGCCGUCGCAUGCGCUUCAUUCCAAAAAAAACCAUCAGCCAUAUUGGUGUGUUGUAUCGCUGUCCUCAGUAAUUCCGAAGAUCAGCAAAGGAGAUAGCAUCAUGACUGAUUCCAUGAAAUUUGGUCCGGAAUGGUUGCGCAAGGUUUCGUCAGGAGACAAUUGCAAUAUUGGUAGCGCGGGCGGAGGGACCACGACUCUGAGUGCACCUCGCUAUCAAUUGGCAGAGCAUAGAUACGGCCGGGAAGAGAUGCUGGCUCUGUUCGAUCGCAAUUGCAAACCCUCGGAGCCGCUGAUGACUUUUCCAGCGUUGUACGUGGAGAAGACUCAGCUUCCAUUGGCUCUCACAACCAUGACAGAGGAUGAAACGCGCAUGUGGAAUGGCGGGAUAACUAAUAUUGGUCGUGGAAGAGGUAGCAGCGUCGAUCGUGGACGUGGUAGAACUGGAAGAGGAGGCUUGUAUUCGUCUCACUAUCCACGCGGAGUUGGUUUCGAUGACUCCGGUGAUGGGAUACGAAUCGAGGGCCAGUCAUUCCAGGGGAGAAACAGGCCAUUUGAUAGAUCUCAAAGCGAACGCGGCUGGUCAGAAAGAAACGGUGCUUCAGAUCCGGGAGAGUGGAAUGGGUCAACUAGUCCUAGAAAGGAUCUGAAUCGUGGGACUAGCGGUAGUUCGCUUAUGGAGAGUAAUUGGAGACGUCCUGGACUCCGUGGAAGCGGAGAGGAGGAUGAUAGUUGGCGCAAGUGGGGAAGAAAUAGUUGGCGCGAGGGUGGCAGUAUGGAUCGCGACAGAUUGGACCGAAACGAGGGCGAUGGGGAGGAGGGUAGAAGCGGACCGGGAAGAUGGGAACAUCGAGGAAACCACAGACCCCAUGAUUCAGGUCAUCAUCUACCAUCUCGCACCGCUCGUACUUGGGAAUCGAAUCAUCACGAUAAUCAUGACAAUCUACCUGAAUGGGCCACGGAGAAUCCAACUGAGAGUGGCGGCAGUUUUGAUUCUUCGGGAGCAUUUCACGGUGGAAUGUAUUCGGAUGAUGACGAGGACGGUGCGGCCGGUGCUUCUCAACAGGGUAGAACUCGGCGCGUUUCGGAAGGAAGUGCUUCUAACAUAGUGAGAUCUAAUAGCAAGUCAUUAGCUUUCGGAACGGGUUCUGUUCAAUCCUUGAAUCGCCAUACGAGUAAUACAAUAGGCAAUACAUUAAGCAAGGAACGAUCAAAACCGUUAGAUUCGCUUGAAGAUAAGGACGAUUCUACGGAGAAAGACAGGAGAUGUACCUCACCCUCUAUUAAGUCGACCACUGUGCCGCCAACUGAGAGCAUUCCUACGAAGACUUUAGCGUCGUCCUCGGAUCUCUUGCAGAAGAAGACUAUCGGAUCCGCAAGUGUGGAUAAAACUGAGACUUUAGGUGAGAAAUCUAGCGAGCCGCCGAGUGGAGCGCAUCACGAUAAGGAGAAUGUGCAGACGGAGGUCAAACCGGAACCGCAAAUACCUGCCGUGACCAGUCGACAAGUUCCUCUGGAGCAUCCGAAGCUCAUACAUAACACGGGAACCGCUAACGUCAGGCAGAGAACGGAGGAUGACCUGGAUAGAAUGAAGGAGGAGGCCGACGCUCUGGUAGCCAAAUUAAUGGCAGACGAGGAAAGUCACAAGGAGAAAACAGCCGCUACGAGUGUCCCGCCUGCGAUCGGCAACCAACCUUCCGCGGUACCCACCACGGCCAGUCAGGAAAAAUGGUAUUACCGUGAUCCGCAGGGCGAAGUACAGGGACCGUUUUUAGCUAGCGAAAUGGCUGAAUGGUGCAAGGCCGGUUACUUCACCACAGGACUGUUAGUGAGAAGAACUUGCGAUGAGAGGUACGCCACGCUUGGUGAUUUGAUCAAAAUGUUUGGAAGAGUACCGUUCAUACCUGGCCCACCAAUACCUCCGUUGAAGUUGGCAGAUCAGGUGAUCCCACCUGUUCCUAAUACUGUACCAGCUGGACUAGCCCCUGGUGCUAUACCGAAGGCUGGAUUAGAGGAUCCAUUAUCCAUGUUGAUGACAUAUCAGCAUGUGCAAAUGCUGCACAAUCAGAUGCUGUUCAGGCAGAUGAGAACAUCAGCGAUAGCGAAAUUGUCGCAAUCGGAGCACUGGUCUACGCUGACUCCUGUGGAACAGAAUCAGUUGAUCCUACAGUAUGUCAUACAAGACGGAAUGCAGGAAAUUCCGGAAGUGCCGAUAGCGACAAAUCCGUUUGUGCCUCACCUCGCGUCCCAGGCGGCUAAUCCUGUUAUGCAGCUUUUCACUCAAAUGCAACAGGCGAAGACGCAACCUGAGACUCAUUUACCAACGAAUCCACAUGCAACCGCGUCGACCCAUCCAGGCACGGUGGACCCUAUACAGCAACUUAUCCAGCAGAUGGGCGGUAUGCAGAACUUGCAGACCAUACAGCAGCCAAAUAUCGCUCCGACUCCUACGCCGACGCAGGAAGACAAUCCAAUAAAGUCUCUGCUACGUCAACUUAAUGUCAACACAAACGGCCAUCCGCAGGCGACCCAUAUGGACACUGUGUGGCCGCAACCCCCGCCGCAAAUGGUUCCCCAGUUUAAUGCGCAGAAUUGGUUAGCGCAGGUCGGACCCAUUCCCGCGAUGCCACCAGGACAAUUACCUGGUUCUUUGUGGGAUUUACAUGCUAAAGAUAUGAAAACUGAGCAGCAGAUACUGGAAGAACAGAAUCUUAAGUUACAAGAGGACAGAAAAAAGGAAGAAUUGAGAAAGCAAGAAGAAUUGCAGCGUCAAGUGGAAGAGGAGAACGCGAAGAGAAAGCAAAAAGAGGAACAAGCGAGACAAAUUGAGGAGGCAAAACGUAAAGACGAGGAAAGGAAGAGAAAGGAAGAGGAGAAGAAACGGAAAGAGGAGGAGAAACGCAAGCAGGAAGAGGAGCAAAAGAAAAAGGAAGAGAAGAAACGCAAGGAGGAAGAGAAGAAGCGUGAAGAAAAGAGGAGGCAGGAGGAGGAGAUCUUAAAGAAGAGGCAGGAAGAGGAGAAGAGAAAGCGGGAAGAGUUUAAAAAGCUAGAAGAGAAGCAGAAAAAAGAAGAAGAAAGAAAGAAGAAAUUAGAGGAAGAGCUGAAAAGACAGGAAGAAGAGAGACUCAGGAAAGAGGCAGAGGCACGACGACAGGCGGAAAUAGAUGAACAACGACGCGCGGAUCAACGACGAAGGGAAGACGAUGCGUUGCGUAAACUUCAAGAGAAAACAACUAAAUCCCCAUGGGCUCAGGCUCCACGCACGCUGACUCCCGCCACUCAUACCGCUUCGCUUGCUGAGAUUCAGAGACUCGAGAGAGAAAAGAAAGCGGAAGAGCAGCGGCAUCAACAAUUGAUGUUGCAACAGUCAGCGCAGCAGAAAGCACUAGAAGCUGCACAAGAAGUAUCGGCAAUUGACUCUUCAAAGCGAUUGCAAUUCAAGUGGGCGGAAAGAGCUACUGCUUCCAAAUCUCUUCAAGUGAAGAGUCUCGCGCAGAUUCAGCAAGAGGAGCAGGAGCGCGUUGCUAAGGAGAGGGAACGAUUAGAAAAAGCAGGCCAGAAGGAAUCUGCGACUAUGCUACAGAACGCCGGCACAGCAUGGGUGUGGGGUACAGCAUCGCAGUGCUUGAAUUGGGCUAAUUCGAGCGCAUCGAGCAGUCAAGGGUGGUCCACGAAUGCCGGCACUACCGGUUUCUGGGAUCCUACACCUGUUAAGUCGACCAUCCCCUUGAAGCAACCCGUUAAACAAGCUGCAAUUGCAAAACCUGCCUCUAGCCAGCAACAACAACAAAAUAGUAAUAACAAAGCGUCAAAAAAUAAGAAUAAGAAAGAGGAGGAACUAGUGAAGAAAUUGUUUGAACAGAACACUGCCAAGACCGACGAAUUCACGCAGUGGUGUAGUAAAACAUUGAGCAGUAUACAGGCGUCUGUGGAUAUCCCUACGUUCGUUACAUUCUUGCGGGAUCUCGAAACGCCGUACGAAGUUAGGGAGUACAUUCGCGUUUACAUUGGAGAUACCAAGCAGAGCAUGGAAUUCGCCAAGCAAUUUCUCGAAAAACGAAGCAAAUUGCGAUCAGCGCAACGUCCUCAGGCACAAGCUGACGACCUGUGCAAGCCAGCACCUGCUAUUAAUCCAAACGCACCUGCAGAAUUUCAAGAAGUUAAGGGAAAAUCCAAGAAACCAAAGAAGGGAAAGAUGUUCAAAGUGGAUAACAGAAUCCUUGGCUUCAAUGUAACUGCUGCUCCCGAUCGUAUUAAUGUAGGUGAUCGCGAUUAUGGCGAAGGCGUUUGAGCUGUUUCACCAAUUUACCUCGUAGAAAUGAUGCGACGCUCGUUUCGUUAAACGGUUCGUUAUUUAUUUAUUGUACAUGCCAAACCGGUGCUGAGAGAUCCACAGGUAUUUCUCGGAGCACGUGAAGACUUUUUACAAUCCAACACACGAAGAAAGAAGCUCAUCUCUUCAAAGUCGAUCGUCGAUAGCGGUCUUUAUUUAGGACCAGCUGAGCGUGGCGUUAUUUUCUUACAUUACACAAAAAAAGCUCCAUUGUACAUAUUACUCAAAGAAUGUUUCGCAUGAAAGAAGACGGACUUACUUUUUCCUAUAUACAUGGCAAUUAGAGUUGGUGGAAACUUUUAUAACAUUUCAUCUCGCCAUCGUCACUUAAGAUAUACAAGAAAGAAAAAAAGAGAGAAAAGUAUGCCGACCGAUAAUAAUUAUGUAUGCGGAUAUGUGGCAGUCAAUAGCAAUAUGUGUAUGUAAAGGUGUUCAACGAAAAAAGAAGUAACAUAUUAGAAUGUGCUUGAGAUCGCGAAAAUCAUCACCUCUAUGUCAAGUACGGUACUGAGUAUACAGUGCGUCAGUAUUUGUCCUUAUUGAAUCCUAUGGAUUUUCGCUUCAUCGCAAAUACACGUCGAGAAAAAGAAA